UUUCUGUCAUACCCUUCAGCUGCUGUCAGUAAUCACAGUCUACAUGCAGGUCUUCGCAACAGGAGCGGGCAUGGCCGGCACCACGUCCUCUUCCACUGCAUGGUACUUGCGCUGAGCUUCCGCCUGGCAGCGCUGUUUGGAGCUGGGGGAACUUUGUACUGGUGAGGGUUUCUUCAAGGUGGGGGUACUUACACGGCAGGGCUUGGAGCCGGACAUAAAGCGCCAGGACCAUCUAAUAAAGCAUUGUCACUACUGGGCUGCACGGAGCAAACCAGAUUCCAGGUUGGAAGAGUGGUGAACAAGUAGGAUCUGGACUAUGUCUCGGUGUUGUACUAACCUACUAUGGGAUGUAAGAAAACGUUCUCUUGGCUUGGAUGAUCCCAAUGUGGUCCGUAUCAACUAUUUGGGAAGAAGAGAAUUUGUACAGAGACUAAAAUUGGAAGCUACCCUAUGUGUGCAUGAUGGCUGUGUAAAUUCAAUUUCAUGGAACAAUACAGGGGAAUAUAUUUUAUCAGGAUCAGAUGAUACGAGUUUGGUCAUUAGUAAUCCCUACAGUAAAAAAGUUUUGACACGCAUCCGUUCAAGUCACAGGGCAAACAUUUUUAGUGCAAAAUUUAUGCCACUCACCAAUGAUAAGCAAAUCAUAUCCUGCUCUGGAGAUGGAGUCAUAUUUUACACAAAUAUCGAAAAAGACAUGGAAACAAACCGACAAAACCAAUUUACUUGCCACUAUGGAACUGCUUAUGAGAUUAUGACGGUGCCUAAUGAUCCUUACACCUUCCUGUCUUGUGGUGAAGAUGGCACUGUUAGAUGGUUUGAUACAAGAAUGAAGACCAGCUGUACAAAAGAGGACUGCAAAGAUGAUAUAUUAAUUAAUUGCAGGCGUGCCGCUACUUCAAUUGCAGUUUGCCCGCCAGCACCAUAUUACCUGGCCAUUGGAUGUUCCGACAGUUCAGUUAGAAUAUAUGACCGACGAAUGCUUGGAACUAGAGCAACAAACAACUAUUCAAAUCGAGGGACAACAGGAAUGUGUGUUCGGUUCGUCCCUUCACAUCUGUCAAACAAGUCCUGCAGAGUAACCUCUUUAUGCUACAGUGAAGAUGGUCAAGAAGUCCUUGUGAGCUAUUCAUCAGACUAUAUCUAUUUGUUUGAUCCUAAAGACGACAAAGCAAAAGAGCUUAAAUUUCCCUCAGUUGGUCAAAGAAGGGAAGAGGUGAGGCAACCUCCUGUUAAACGCCUACGACUACGUGGAGACUGGUCUGAUACGGGGCCUAGGGCAAGACCUGAAAGUGAACGAGAAAGAGAUGGAGAUCAAAGCACCAAUGCAUCGCUAAUGCAGAGAAUGUCUGACAUGCUCUCACGGUGGUUUGAAGAAGCCAGCGAGGUUGCACAAAGCAACAGAAGACGGACAAGGCCCCAGAAUAGAGCAAGCUCACAGCCAAACACUCCCGCUGCUGCAGGUAAUACAGAAUCUCAAGCAACUGCAACCACAUUAGCUGCCACUUCUGAUCAGGGUUUACAGUCUACCAUGUCAAAUGAGACAGAAAGCCAUUCUUCAGCUUCACAAGGUGGUGCAGAACAGUCACAGCCUGGAGGCUCUUCUGACAUGUCCAGUUACUCUUCUGAUUCUCCUUCUGUGAUUAGCAAACACCUUGGAUCCAUGUCACUUGAUGAACGUCAGGAAACUACAGAAGCAAAUAAAGAUGGAGAAACAAGUGAGCCAGUUUUGCAGUUACAUUAUAGCACUGAAGGCACAACCACGAGUACAAUAAGACUGGACUUCACAGAUGAAUGGAGCAAUACAGCCUCAAGUUCAGUUGCAGUGAAAGUGGGAAGCACAGAAGGCAAUACAACACCCGAAGGAAUGCAACCACAUGAAAUGGAAGGCACAUUUGAUUCUAAAACACAGCUCGGACAAAGAGCGGACAGCAACCCAGAAACGGGGAAAAAAGCUAUGAAUAAAAUCACAGAUCAACAGACUACUCAAUCAAAUAACGAGGACCGUCCAGAAACGUCAGCAAUUCCAACUUCCACCGAGUCCACUGAGUCUUCUUCAGUUGGUGCUGCAUAUCAGGAAACUGAUAGUGAUGAUGAAACAGUCCGUCUACCUCCGAGAGUUCAGUCAUCACAAAAUAGAUUAAAUAUCGGUGGACCGUCAGUAAGUGAUAGAUUAACAAGGAGAUCUGCUGCAGCUCGCAUCCAAGAGCUUUUUAGAAGAAGGAAGGAAAGAAAAGAGUUAGAAGAAAUGGACAUGCAGAAUGUACGCCAGCCUUCUUCAAAAAUUGUUUAUAAGGGUCAUCGAAAUUCCCGAACAAUGAUUAAGGAGGCUGGGUUUUGGGGUAAGAAUUUUGUCAUGAGUGGCUCUGACUGUGGUCACAUCUUCAUUUGGGAUCGGCAUACUGCAGAACAUCUUAUGCUUUUGGAAGCCGAUAAUCAUGUGGUGAAUUGUCUUCAGCCACAUCCAUUUGACCCAAUUUUAGCAUCAUCAGGGAUAGACUACAAUAUCAAGAUAUGGUCUCCUCUGGAGCAAGAUGGUUCUUUCAAUUGGAAACUAGCUGAAGAGGUAAUUUCCCGUAAUGAGCUAAUGUUGGAAGAAACCCGAAACACCAUCACAGUCCCAGCAUCAUUCAUGCUGAGGAUGUUGGCUUCUUUAAACCAUAUCAGAGCAGAUCGAUCCGAGGACAGGCCUGAAGGUGCUGGUCAAGAGAAUUCAAACGAAGAUGAGUGAAAUCUUAUGUUUAAAAAUUGUUAAAAAUAUUGUAAUAUUUGUUGUUAAAUUACUAUUUAUGUCUUUACAAAAUGCUUUUGUUGUGGAUAUACUUCAUGUUUCUUUUCAACAAACUUGUUAUUUAUACUUAACAUCCUCAAAAAGGUUUUUCAAAGUUUUGGGAUGAACCACAUAAAUAAACACACAUGAAUGUAAUUUUAAUGUUUUUUUUUCUUUUAAAAGUUACAUAUGGAAUA